UUAUUUGUACAUGCUUGGCACCGAAUCUUCGAGUGGUACCACCAACUGGAGUUCAUUGUCCUCGUCCCGUAUAUUUCUGUUUCUUUUGAGCUGACCGGAUACAUUCUUUACCAUGAGCAAUACCCCAAUUUCAUCCCCGGAGAGACCAAAGGCUGUAUCAUCCAAGAUUAAAUACGCCGGCAAGGCCAAGAAGAAGAGAAGUGUUUCAAACAUUGCAGAAAACACGUCAGACGAAGAAUUGGACACGCAUCAAAGUAUUGGGACUAGCGAUCCCCAAGAAACCUCCCCGUCUGAACCAAAAGCUGCCCCCAAAAUGGUCGAGGUUUUUCUUCCUGGACCAUCGCCACCACAAUCCCCCCGCAAUUCCCAAGAAAGCCAGGUGCUUCCUGCAAAACCUGUCAGCAAAGCCAGGGUAUCCCGUAGUCGCGCUUCAUCAUUGGUAUCCUUGAAAGGUUCUGUCCGUCAUGAGAGCCCCUCUGUCCUUCCCGUUCGUGCGAAAUCGUCAGAUAAGAGUUCCCCCGUCUCAAAGGCCAAGUGUCCUGAUAGCCCCGAAGACGAUGCAGAUGAGACUUCGUCUAUUGCAGAAUCAUCUGCCGGAGCUCGAAUACGCCGGUCUGAAUCCGAGCGUAUUCAGUAUUUCAAAGACCAGUCACAAUGUGAUGGUAUGGAGCCGCGCCGAGUUCAUUGCUCUCGAUGCGACAAAUGGAUCAAUCUUGGCAAGAGACAGACUUAUGCUGUUCGUCCUUGGGAGAUCCAUCGACGGAAAUGUGAUCCACAAUCCCCUAUUUCGAAGAAGAGCCACCGAGGUGAGACCGAAGUAGAAAAACCCGAAGGAGAGGUUUCGGUGUCAGAAUUGAGUCAGGAUAUUACUAAACAGCCUUCACCUCAGUCGGCUCAGCAGGGUGACGUCGAAAGGAAAGCUUUACUGGAAGAGGAUCCUCGUGCCCAAGAGGUCAAACCGCACGAAGUUCUUUGUCGAUCCUGCCAGAAAUGGAUCAAGCUGUCGAUCGAUCAUGCCUACGCUCUUGGAAAUUGGCAUGCACAUCAACAACGGUGUUCAGGUGUCGUACCCAGCCGAGUGGCUACCGCAGAGAGAAAAUACAGUCUGCUGACUGACCCUCAAGCGAAGGCGUCUUCCGCUCGACAUGUCGAGUGUGCUUUUUGCAGGACGAAUGUCGAACUGGACGAUGUCGUUCAGUAUGAUUUAACCAAGUGGCACGAGCACAAAGCAAAGUGUUGUUCUCAUGCUGUUCAAUUCACUCCAAAAGCUUCUAGUUCGCGACUUUCGCGCGUUUUCCCUCCACCGUCUGGUCAGACGAUCACUCAAACGCCUAUAAGUGAGGUACACAAACCUCCUACAUCCUCGAGUUCAGCGCCUACAGGCGCCAUAGCCACCAAUGACAACUCCUCAUAUCGCACUGGGGAGAAACGCGCCCGGGACGAAGAAGAUGCUAGAGAAGACCGUCCUGUGAAUCGUCCGAGAACCGUAGCCUAUCAAGCGCCCGAGAAUGAAGCGCCAGGGCCGUGGGGUUGGUUUAUGCAGCCUUUCAAAGCUUUUGUGCGUGGGUUCCGUGAAGGUUUAGGCACUCCAUCUACGUAAAUAUUCGCACUAGUGUGUUUUUUGAAUUGUGUCGAUUGUAUUGUACCUCGUUCUAUCUAUCGUGCUUUGUUUUCUUUACAAUGCUAUUCAACUAUUUCCUUGGAUGCUUGGGGUAAAUGUAAACA